UGGUUACUGAUGUUGGCCAGCCUCUUGAGUGUGGGCAUGGCCAUGACCUGUGUGGUAAGGGCUGAGGAUAACAUCUUCGGGAUCCUCACCAACAAUAUCCUCCCCAAGUCUCUUAUGUGGGUCAUCCAGACACUCUCCCAAGAGAGUUCUGAGUGGCUGCCCAAGAAGGACGGAGGCCGCCUCAUAGUGACCACGUGGCUCCUGGCCUCCUUGGUGUUCAUGACCUCCUACGGUGGCAUCCUGACAGCCAUGUUGACGGUGCCUCGGGUCACCAUCCCCAUAGACUCCCUGGCUGACUUGGUGACCCAGACUGACCUGACUUGGCACAAUGAGGCUGGCUCUAGCUUGCUCACAUACUUUAGGGAGUCCGCGGAUGAGUUGCAUCAGAAGGUUCACAGAGGUCAGGGCCCGAACAUUAAGGCUUGCCUGAAUGAGCGACAGAAUAUCGCAGAUGGUAAGUUGGCUGCCAUCUGUGACGACACCACCAUGAUGAAGGCCAUGGCUGAUGACUUCAGCGAGACAGGAGAGUGUCAUCUAUACAUCACACGAGAGAAGGUGUUGAGUCACGCUAUUAUGGCCCUCGCCUUCACCAAACACUCCCUCUACCUCGCCAAGACCAACCAAUUAGUGCAGGUAGUGCUGGAGGCAGGGUUGUGGAACAAAUGGCUGGGAGACCAACUGGCUAACUCUUCACGCUGCCUCCGCCACCCUCAGUUGGACCGUCGCCAGAGAGGUCUUCAACCUAUCGACAUGGACUCCUUCAUCGGCCCUCUCCUCCUCCUACUCCUCGGCUCAGGAAUAGGACUGAUGGUUUUUCUAUGUGAACAUAUGAUUCAUCUGCCACAGCGUAACACAGCGUAAUACCACGGCGAGGCACAGCUUCCUCCUGAACUACUCGGCUACUGCUCACUGUACUGGCUCCCCUCACCAUACCAGCCAUCGCUAGUGUCAACACUUGUAACUCACCACCCAAGACAGACCUU